AUGAAGGUUUUGCAAGUUGUGGCAAGGCGGCCGUUUUGGCGAAAGAUUGUUCAGGCCGAUGCUACUUGGCUCACUGAACCUCGCGCGCUUUUACAGAAUCAUGUGGCGCCACUGGUUUUAGCUGUUCGGGAAUUCUGCCAACGUUGUCCACCAUUUUGCUGGGGAAAGGAGUUGAAGGUGUGCUUGGUGGAAGGUAAUUCAGAGAGCGAAGUGUUGGGCGCACUGUCAGCUGCAAGAUCUACAAGGAACGCCAGGGGUUUCAACCUUCCUUGCAGAAGGAUCGCCAUUAUGAGAGACUCUGUGACGUUGGAGUACGUAUUCCAGGAGAAUCUUGUGACAGACAUUCGCACUCUUGUGACAUCAGUCUCCCUGAGAGCUUAUUGA